CACACGACACGACAUGACUUCACGGCUGCAAUCACCCUGAGUGGUCCUUGAAUAUCCUAAUUCACCGUCCGAAUCAUUCACUCUGAGCACCUCUUGUCACAUGCCAGCGUAACGAGAGAGACAUCGACUUCACAAGCUGCCGUCUGUACCGCAUCCGGCGCAGAAGAGCACCGCCGCCGAUUCAACCCUGCACCGACGCCGCUCUCAAAUAUUUACCUCAUUCAGCUUCCUCUCCUCUUCUUCGACAUCGUCCGCCUCGAGUAAAUACACGCCAAUCCAUAGAGCCGCCUUCGUCAGACAACAGCACAGCGUCUCCUUCGCCCCCACACCGACAGUCCGAGCCACUCACCACGGUCUUUCCGACUUGUCACCACCUCACAUUCUCCAACAUGGCAGAAAAGAUCCUCCAGAAAGAGUUCAAGGACUUGUCAAAGGAAACAUGGACCAACAUCUCACUCAUCAACGAGAACAUGCUCGAAUGGAGCGUGGCUCUCAUCGUGCUCAACCCCGACUCCCUCUACUACGGCGGUUACUUCAAGGCUAGGAUGUCGUUCCCGAAGCAAUACCCAUACGAACCGCCCAAACUCUCCUUCGAGCGCCCACUGUGGCAUCCCAACGUCUACCCGGACGGUCGCCUCUGCAUCUCCAUCCUGCACCAACCUGGCGAGGACGCUAUGAGCGGGGAGAUGGCAGGUGAGAGAUGGACACCGGUGCAGCGCGUUGAGAGCGUGUUGAUUUCAGUUCUCUCCAUGCUGGAUGACGCCGAGUGUAGCUCACCAGCGAAUGUCGACGCGGGAGUCAUGCUGCGCAAUGACCCAGAAGGAUACAAGGCACGUGUUGCAGCGGACCGCGAGAAGAGCAAGAGCGAUAUCCCACCUGGCUUCGAGAUGCCCACACACGAGAGCGCGUUCAAGAAGGAGGAGAAGUCAGAGGCGGCAUUCAGCUGGAGUGAUAGCGAGGCCGAGGACGACUUCGGCGAUAGCGACGACGAUGAAGAGAUGUUUGAUGACGACGAGGGGACGGAUCUGGAGGAGGACGAUGAGUGAAAGAGCUGAGGUGCAGAUGUUAGGGAUAAUGAUGCGAAUACUAUGGGAAUAUGACUAGAUGCGAGCCAGGUGGCCAAGGAGUUUUGAUUUCAGCGAGGAGUCUAGACGGGCAAAGCCUCCGGCGAAGGACAGAUGGGUUAUUCCGGUGCGACAGGCGUUCAUGGGGCAAUGGCGUCGAUAAUCUGGAUGGC